AUGAGCAUCGGAUGGCAGGCCACGAACGCAGCGCAUACUGCUCCUCCUGACAUGCCACACAAUGGCCCACCUCCCGUUCACUGUCCUUUUCUCGCUUCCGUCCUGAAGCGUGGGUUCUGCCCUCCCAGCAAGUUCCGCGCGAUGAUCGACAACGAGACAAUUUCUGGAGUUGCGUACUCCUCAUCCAGCGUCUGCGGUCGGACAUUUCCAGCUUCGGAACUAACGCACAACGUGUAUGGCAGGAAAAACAUCGCUGCAUGGACAUUCGCAGCGAUGGAGAAAGCCAAAGAACGACUGGAAGCGCACUCCGUCAAAGCCCUCGCAUCGAUGAGGCAGGACAGCCGCAUCGCGCACUGUCUGUCUUCGAAGGAGAAGACCCGAACCUUCCGACUUGGUUUCCCUACGUCCAUCAUCAAGCGAAAGAGGCCACCGUGCAACGAUAACCCAGCGCCUUGUCCUGGCUUGCAGAGGGACAUGAUCUCUCCAUCUUCAAAUGGCUUUCGAAGGUUUCAGAAAUAUCGAGAGGCUUUGGUGCACACUCAUGAGGACGGAGUCCUGAGCAAAGCUGACUCUGGUGAAAACGUCCCGGGACGAUGA